AAUGUAUUGUUGUUGCGAGUGGGUGUGGAAACAGGAGAAGACCGAAUAGGCGGAAAAGUAACAACAGUAAUUUGCGCUCUUUGACCGGCUUUGAAAACCUGCUAAGCUAAAAGGAUCGUAGAUACUAUACAACGACCAUGUCAUCGUCCUCAACCUCCAGUCCCACGGACAACAGUUCGCACGGUUCAGUGGCAUUGUCCUCGUUUGGAGCCAUAAACGCCUAUUCCGGAACAAAUACAAGCACCCAGAGUGGCGCCCAGAAGCCAUUUUCCCUUUCCGAGCGUCUGAAAUUUGAGAUAUACCGUUACUCCAGCUAUUCGCCAAACUAUCUGCCAGAAAACGUUUUAGUGGACUGCCCCAACGACCAGACCUCCCGCUGGUCCGCCUACAGCAACAGCCCGCCACAGUUUCUUACCUUAAAGCUGCGCCGUCCCGCCAUUGUCAAAAAGAUCAAAUUUGGCAAGUUCGAGAAGUCGCACGUCUGCAACAUAAAGAAAUUUCGCGUAUAUGGUGGAUUGGAGGACGAUCAUAUGGUCUUGCUUCUAGAGGGAGGCCUUAAGAACGACAACAUACCGGAAAUAUUCAACCUGCGUUGCCUUACCGAAGACGGCUCAGAGAACUUGCCCAUUCUGUACCUCAAAAUUGUUCCCCUCUUGUCCUGGGGGCCAUCGUUCAACUUCAGUAUUUGGUACAUCGAACUGCACGGGCAGGACGACCCAAUGUACACGAGUGCGCGGAUGAAGAACUACAAUACCCGACGUGAAGUGGAGAUUAUAAAGCUUUGUCUGAAGCACUUCCGCCAGCAGGGUUAUACGAGUGCCUUUGAGGCGCUCCAGGAGCAAACGAGCGUGCAACUGGAGCACCCUUUGAUCAGUGAGCUACACAAGUAUCUGGUGGUCCAGGGAGACUUUGAAAAGGCUGAGCGCUUUGUGGCCGAGUGCAUAGACGAGGGACUAAUGGAUGAGUAUUUGCACAAGCAGGAUUACAAGCAUAGCUGGCAUAUGAAGUACUCGGAAAGCGAGACAAAGCCUGGAAAUCGAGGAGGACACCAGCUGGUAGUCGAUGCCAAAAAGCGUCUGAUAUAUCUAUAUGGCGGUUGGGAUGGCUACCAGGAUCUGAGCGAUCUGUGGGUGUACAACAUCGAGGAGGAUAACUGGUCGCUUCUCUGCGAGAGAUCGGAACUUGUCAAUGGACCCACACCGCGCUCCUGCCAUAAAAUGGUCUUUGAUCCCAUUAGCGAGAAUAUAUUCAUGCUUGGGCGAUAUCUGGAUAAUUCGAUUCGUACCUCGGAUUAUAUAAAGAGCGACUUUUAUCUGUAUGAUACCAGGGCACGCAAUUGGAUGCAGAUCUGUGAUGACACCAGCCAAGUGGGGGGUCCGCAUCUAGUGUACGAUCACCAGAUGUGCAUGGACGCCGAUAAGCGGACCAUCUAUGUGUUCGGUGGCAAAAUACUGACACCACGAAGUGUCAACGCCACGGGUUCAAUUGAACCAGAGUACUCUGGCCUAUUUUCCUAUCACAUAGCAACGAAUACAUGGUCGCAGAUAAUGGUGGAUUGUCACCAUUCGAGUGCCUCGCAAGCGGAUGUGAUGUCCAUCAAAUCCAGGAUAACUCAUUGCAUGGUUUUUCAUAAUAAACAACGAAAGCUAUACAUUUACGGAGGACAACGUGGCAAGGAGGACUUGGACGAAUUCCUCAGCUACGAUGUCGAUACUCAGGCAAUAACAGUGCUAAACAAGGAGCACCCCCACCAUGGAACCACCGCUGGCAACGAAACCAAAUUCGAGCCCUCUUCAGGUUAUACACUGCGAUCCACAAUAGAUUGCGAACGAGAUGAGAUUUACAUAUUUUCGAGUCUGAGUAAGGUUAAGGAUCGUCGCGAUAUACAGCAUACAGAUGCAGCCAACUCGUUCUGGGUCUAUUCUCUACGCAACCACAAGUGGUCGCGGAUAUAUUACUGCCGUCACAGUGGACAGGAUGCCAACACCAUCAACCGAUCGAAUGUCCUUGGUGCCAGCAAGGGCGAUGGAAGCUUGGAACCCUGUCCACGCUACGCCCAUCAACUGGUCUAUGAUGAUGUGGCCAAUACCCAUUAUCUGUUUGGUGGUAAUCCUGGAAUCUGUCAGCAACCGCAACUAAGACUCGAUGAUUUCUGGUUGCUGCAGUUGGAAAAGCCAAAACGCGAGGAAAUCCUCAAGCAUUGCCGGUUUCUAGUGCGCAAGUUGCGUUAUGAGGAAAUGACACGCCGGGAUCCCUUGAAGGCGAUGCAGUAUUUGCGGCAUAAUAUAGCUGCAGUGAUCGAUCAUGCCGAUGCGGAGCAGUUAAAUAAUUUUCACAAACUUGCUUCGUUGCUGUUCAAAAACCAUGACAGCAGCCUGGAUAGGGAGAGCAAUAUGACCACGCCAGCGCUGUGUGCUGAAACUGAAGAUCUAGAAACAGAUGCCGAUGUGUCAGCAAAACUAAAAGAUGAAGUUACCGAUGGUAUUGUCCAGGAGAAUCUUUCACUGGAAUCCAACGAAAGCCUGGCCUCGUCUGGCAUCUCUGAAGCCGUUUCCAGUCCCACCUCCAGCUCCACGUGCACCAAACGAGCCCGCACAGAGUCCACCUCGGAGCUGAAAAAUAAAAGAGCCUUCCUGUUCAACAAACUGGUGCAACUGAUGCCACCGAGCAUGGUCCAACCGGAGCGCAAUCUUAGCGACUUUGUCGUCAUGUAACAAAACAAAAAAACAAAAAGCCCAAGUGCCAAAACUAUUUCAUACAUCCUUGCCCCUUAAUUAUUAAGUAACUUAAAGUGUGAGAGUUUCGUUUUUCAUGUUGUUGUUGAUCGAUGUGAUGUUUCAUUUAGCUUGUUUUCCCGCCCAUAUUAUGUUUUACGGCCGAAAUGCAAAGCAUGACAUAAACAUAAAUAUGAUUUUAUUGUGAUAGAUUGUUUGUAACUGGAAGAAACCCAGAAGAAAGCUUAAGAGAGAAAAUGUGUGUGUUGAAUGUAACCGAUUGUGUACGAAGUUUAUAAGUUUAAAAAUAAAAUAAAAGUUUUGUAACGUCCAUAAAAUC